AUGAAUGGCCUUGGUGUAGGUGGUUCUCAAUCGCCUGACCUUGUUAAUGCUGCGAACGCGUUACUCUACGCCUUCAUGACUGUCACGUGCUUCCUCGGACCUUGGCUCACCAACCUUAUUGGCUUUAAAUAUACCCUUGCAAUCGGCUCGUUAGGAUAUCCCCUCUACGCAGCAGGGCUUUAUGUGAACAACCGCUUUGGCGACACCUGGUUCGUCUAUGUCGGUGCGGUGGCCUGUGGUAUCACAGCAGGCUUCUUUUGGAGCGUCGAAGGUGCUAUCGCAACUGGAUAUCCCGAGAGCAACAAGAGAGGGAGAUACAUCGCGACAUGGUUCACUUUCCGGAACUUCGGCAACAUCAUUGGAGGUGCGAUCUCCCUUGGGCUAAACCAUAAAGUCAAUCACAAGGGAAAGGUCGGCUACCAGACCUACUGGGCAUUCAUUGCUAUACAGUGCCUUGGUUUCUUCCUCGGUCUGUUACUAUCGAAUCCCGAGAAGGUCGUCCGAGAUGAUGGAACGCGGAUCCAGGCUCCACGCGGUAUCCACUGGAGAACUGAGGGUAAGCAGAUGUGGAAAUUGCUUCGUAGCAAGCCGAUCCUCCUGCUUACACCACUGUUCUGGUAUUUUGGAUGGAUUCAAGCAUACCCUGGAACCUAUCUCGCGACGUACUUCACCGUGCGCUCGCGCGCACUCGGGUCGUUCAUGUCCGCUGUCGUAGGCACCCUCGCAACCUGGCUUGGGGGCUCGCUGGUCGACAUCCCAUGGCACAAGAGCAGACAGACCCGAGCAGUCGCCACAUUCACGUUGAUCGCAGCAUGCAACUCGGCUACUUGGAUAUGGGCCGUCUACAUACAGAACGAGUACCGGCAUACACGUCCGGUGCUGGACUGGGGCGAUCAGAAGAGCUUCGGGCGUGGCUUCGGCGUGUACAUGUUUGAGCGACUCAGCCUCGGCAUGGUCGAGAACUAUAUCUACUGGUGCAUCGGCAAUCUUUCGGAUUCUCCGGGAGACCAAAUCAGGUAUAGCGCUCUGCUACGGGGAAUCGAGACUGCUGGUGUCGCAGUAGGCUUUGGAGUCCAAGCCGUGCCUACAGUACUGAUUGCGACGGCCAGUAUCAACUGUGGAUUGUGGUUCUUUGCGCUUCCUUUCAGCUAUUAUGCGACAAGGCAGGUGGUGGACAAGUUCAAUAGACUGGAUGCGGAAAAGAAGCAGCCGUCCCCUAUUGUACAAACAAAUUAG